GUCAUUCGAUUACUGCCUUCGAAAUGUUUCUAAAUGGAAUGUCAGAGCAUCAUAGACUGCUCUUCCUGGAGCAAGAAGUUAAAAAGAUGAGACAACUUUCAGAGCGUUACAGAUGUGAAGAGAUGAUUUCAAAGAAAAGGCUGGAAAAACAUUUAAGAAGCAUACGUAAAUAUUUUAUUGGUUUCGAGCUAAAGAUAAGGAAAGAAUUGAACCUUACGUAUCUUAUGCAGACGAAAAGGAUAGCCGAAUACACAACGUACAUUCAAAGGCUAUUAAAAACUCAUCGUAGUCUCUAUCCUGAAGAGAGAUUCGAGAUUGAACAGAGAAUGAUGCAUAUGAGACAGUCAAUUAACGCAACAACUAUAUCGGUAAAUUUGGUGGAUCGUCACUUUGAAGCUCCCGCUUAUCUUAAUAUUACAGAAAGGUAUCAACCUUAUUACAAGAUUAAGCAGACAAUGUUUCUUGGGGCUAAUGAUUUGAACAGUAUUUCCGGUGUUCUUAGAAUGGAUGAUAAAUUACUAUUGACAAAGGUAUAUGAUAAAGAAACUAUUUUAGACGCUUACUCCCUGGAUGGUGGCUACUUGAAAGAAUUUUGGAAGGGACCCGUUCAAAUAACUUCUAUUAUAACCGAUUAUAGGCAGUUUUACGUUUACGCUGCUUUCUAUUGUAAAAACUUAAUCUGUAGAGCCAUUGUUCAUGGUAAUAGCUACCAUUUUUAUCCUUGGGUAAUGAUUACUAAACCACAAGAGGUGCUUAAUUGCGGAGUUGACGAUCUACUCUGUUGGUAUAACAAAAAUGUAAUAUGUAGAUUAAACGUAAAUGGAGAGAAACUAUGGAGUUUGAAAGUUGAUGGUCUUAAAGGUAUCUGCUCGUUCAACCUGCCAAGAAUUCAUUUGUUUUAUACGUAUCAUCAUAAGAGUAUCGUUUUAAGAGAUGCUAAUAAGAAGGGUAGAAGGAUAUUUCGCCGUAGAUUUCAAGGUUCAAAAACUUUUACCGGAAUGACUGCAAGUACAUUUGGUUUAAUGAUUUCUGAACCAAAGAAGGCGGAGAUUCAGAUAAUGGAUCCGGAGACGUUACAAUUGGUAGCGAAAUUACCAACAACAGAUAGACCUUGUAAAUUACAUUCAUAUUGCGAUGGUUUCCAAUUUGUUAUCUACGCAAUACUAUACGACCAUGAAAGAAACCUUAAAAAGCUAUCGAUAUUACAUUACGAAUAGUCUAUUAUCAACAAUCAAAAGACUAAACUAUUAUCUAGAUUAAUAAGAUAUAACGUCACUUUCGACCUAUAUAACAUUCUAUUAUUAUUGUUAUUAUUAUUAAAACGCUUAUAGUUCAAUUGAAGGGUAAUCUUGUUCGUUUUCAAUAUGGUUGUGGGUUGUUAUCUAAUUGUUUUUAUUCGCAGCGGUGUUGGCAUAAUAUAGACAAAUCGUGCUUGCAAAUAAAUGAAUUCGUGUUAAAUGUAAUCACUAUAGGAUAGAAAUUAA